AGGCUUUUAGUUGAUAUUCGGUUCUUGAUGGGGCGGAAGUGUGCGCGCUGAGCUCCGUUUUUUUUUCAGGAAAUAUAAGAAGCGCGAACUCCGCGCCGUGUUAAACACAAGUUUUUUGGCGGAAUGCCUAUUUAAUCUCGUUGAUCUUUUUUGCUGUUUCUUGCUUGCGGUUCUUUUAGGAAUUAAUUGGAUUGAAAGUGUGUGCGUUCUGUUCUCUGUACUUUUCGGUGUAAAAGUAUUGCAAGCCUUUAACGACGCGUACGUGCUUGACAUAUAUAUUUUGGUGAAAUUCUUUAAUCAUUAUUUAAAUGCCCAAAACACAAAAUUACAAUUACCAUUUUAAAUGUCUUUGAGAAGCCCACAAAAAGAUAAAUCUCUAUUCUCGGAGGAGAGACAGCACCGAAAUGAUUGAUUAAAGGCUUGGUUCGACAGUUAGGUAGCCAUUUAAGACCUCAAUGUGGCCCUAACUCAAUCUUGCCUAAUAUUUUACGCUCAUUUAGAGCAUUACUGGAACAGACAGCGAUGUACCCUCUUCUUUACAAUAGACUUAACUCUUGAACGGGACCAAAUGAAUUGCAACUGUGGAUCAAAGGAUCACAAUGAAGCGGAUGGAAAAAAUAAAACCAACGCCCGCUUGACAUUUGGCUGCUAAACAAACAAAUACUGCAAAAAAUGAGAGAUGCAAGGAAAAGAAAAGGAGAAAAACGGACAAUCUGAACACAAUUAAUUAAAAUUCUACUUGUCUAAGUUCAAACAUCCUCUAUAAACAACAUUUCUUGUGGAGAGAGCAAAGUCGUUGACGGUAUGAAACGUUAGGCGACCAAGCCUACGGCGUGGUUACCACGACGAAAACGAGAACCCUAACCAUGAAAUUGCAACAACUUUUGGCAGCAGUUUGCUGUCUAGCUGCUGCCCUUAUCCUGAAAACUAAGGCACAAGAAAAUGCUAUGUUGCAAAUUCCGCCCUCAUUGGUGGAGUGUUAUAAUACGUCAUACUUUAUGAAUCGGGAUAAUCGUCUACCAGCCAACAUGGACACGCUCAUUUCUCUUAUCGAAAAAGUAGAAAACAGCUACGCAGCUAGUUCAGGAGUACAAGCCGAUAUUCGAACCGUGUCGGUAGCCUUGCUGCAUCGUUUCCGUCAAGAUGGCAUUAAGAAGGCUGCGGGAAUAAAUGUGGCUGACGGGGUAAUACCGUACAGUCCAACAGGCUUUCAGUUUCCAAAGUUAAAAAUUUUGCUCUCACGUCUUAUUCCGGGAAACGCCAAUACCUUUCCUAACAGUUCAUUGACGAGAGUGGAGCGGUGCUCCCUCCAUUUUAUGCUAUCAAGCACCUUUGACACAAGAACGCGCGGCGAUGAAAACAAUGUGUGCAAUCAACUCUCUCAGUAUCGAGCCCAGCGACUGCCGAGAUCAUUAAAAAAGGAGCAUGAAAAUAAUUUUAUAAGCGCUUCUGAAUGGCUGGAGGCACGCUCGAAACGAGGACGAUCUUCCGACUCCGUAUCAAAAUACGAACAAUUGGGAGAAUUGGACUACGAAUCCGACUGGGCUUAUGCCGGCCCUGAGACUAGCCAAUGCCCUGUCGAGGAUGGCCUAGUACGAACACGUUGGGGAACGAUAUCUGGAGGGACUCUGAUCGCCGGCAUUGCAGCUGGUGUCCAGCAGCAGACUGUGCAACUUAAUACGCUAUUGACCCUGGCUUCCCAGCGACGCGCUCGUGGUCGUAGUCAGUCCCAGACAAGCAAUACAAUUGACAACAGGUGGGCGGCAACUUUGGCUGGGGAGUUGGCGGAAGUCACGUUGGUCCAACUACCAGUGUCGAAUGGCAAUCCCGCUUCCGUUGGGGCUACCGGUGGAUGGAAUGACACAGUUCUACCCCAUUGGUACUUCCUAUCGCAGCGCAACAACCUUGAGGCAACCGAUGCGGAGAUUCGCGGUGGCCUUGAUGGUUUAAUUUUGGCUAAAAAUGUAGCCAGUUGGAGGACUCAAGCACCGAGCCUUAAACUUUCUCAACUGCUGCGCAUGUAUUACUCAACAAAUGGUGUCCUUAGUUCAGGGAUCAAUGCCUGCAGUAGGCAAAAUCAAUUCACAAAUGUGGCUCCGUCUCAGGAAAUGGAGGAUCAGACAAAUGCGUUUGCUCUAAUAUUAGAUCGUGAGAUGCAGCUGCGUGUCACCCUCCAGCCUUCCCUUAUUUCCCAAUUUGCUGGUAACGCCACCGCAUCUCUGGUGACGUAUGUGCCACAAUCGUUAAACGAUGUAUCUUGUAUGGCUACUAGUAAUCUUGACUUGACUGAUGCCAUAACUCCAAUGACUAACCUGUAUCUUUUUUUGGAUACUUCUUGGCAAUACAGCACCAUUGUUGACUAUAUAGCUUAUGUUAUACAGCAGCUUAAUAUUCACCCGUAUGCCAGCACAAUCACAAUGCUUUCAGCACAAGAUGGUUCGAUUAUCGUAAACACCACAAACUAUAUUACCGAUGUCUAUCAACAAUGGAAUGCAACUACACAGGCAACUUAUACUCAGGGAUUCAACCUUCCUAAUGUGCUGCGUACAAUUCAAAACCUAACCCAGUACUUAAUGAAUGAAGAAAAGACUAAUUCGAGCUUAAGUGGUCACUCACUAGUAGCUCUAAUCAUUCCGAAUCAGCAAACCAUUAAUGAUGGAGACUCCAGUUAUGCCACUACUGAAAUUCAGUACAUUCAGGAACAAAUUCCAGACCUGCGUUUUAUAUACUAUGGUGGUGGAAGCAUUCAGCGGUUUUCAAGCUUUGUCCGAGAUCCCACUCAAGACCUUUUCUCCCUAACGUUGGGAAGUACACCGGCGACUUCAGCGGGACCCGUAGCAAAGCGCAUUGUCCAAAUUCCCCGUCGCGUUAUUAAUCCACGUUGUGGAUCAACUUGGUACACAAAUAGCUGGGGUACUGAUCAAACAGCCCAAUAUGUAGGGCCUGGAAAGGUGAACUUUUAUCGAGUUUCUUCUAACUAUUUCUUUGGAGCUGGUGCGAAUCGCUAUUUGACCAUUCAAUCACAGAAUGGAGGAACUUAUACCAUAUGUACUUCACGCACAUAUGCAUGGCCGCAACAGAACUCAACUACUCUUUCUACGACAAACUCGAUAGAUCAGAGUUGCACACAAAUAAGUGGAAAUAGUUUUAGCUACGAUCUUUCAAAUGCCUGCGAGGGCUACUAUACUAUCACCCAGUGUCCAGACUUGUAUUUGUCAGUCCAAGCUACAUCAAACACCACGUCCUGUAUACAGGAUGCUUGCCAGACCCCUGAUCAAUGGCGUUAUAUAAUGUCAAUGGUCAACAUGGGAUGCUACAGCGGUGUCUCGGGUAUAGCAGCCAGUUUGUUAAUAAUUGUAUUCGCAAUAUUAGCUCUCAGGCUAAUUUAAUGAUUGGCAACUAGUGCGUGGUAAUAUUAGGAUACUGCCGCAGAUUUUAAUCUUAAGUUUCCUUACAAAAAUAACUAUUUUUUUGUUUUACAUUUAUGUUUUAUUUUUUCGUAAUUAAUGAUAUGCUUUAAUAAACAACCCUACUUCAAUUUCCUAAAUAU